AUGUCUUCCUCCAGACCGGGACUCCGUUUGGCUGCCUGUUUACUAAACAUUUCAGAAGCCAGAAGAAAAUAUGUUGUUGAGAACAUAGCAAAAGCAGCUCUUCUUGGUGAAAAUGGGCAGGAACAUCCUGAAGUAUCAGUGCUUAAUAUAUUUUCUGAUCAAGACUACAAUAGAUCAGUCAUUACAAUAGCAGCGUCUGUUGAUAGACUGGGCCUCGCGGAGAACCUGGUCCUGCGCGUUCCUGGAUCCAGUGUGUUUCUCUUCGGUGAAGCUGACCUGCCUGAGAAGCGCAGUCUUGUCCAGAGAAGGAAGCAACUGGGCUGGUUUACAAGGAGGGACCUCAGAGCUCUGAAACCUGACCUGGGGACUGCAUCAGCAUGGAGAUGUGGUUUAACAGGUUCUGUGCAUGGCUUUGGUUCUGCUUUGUUUUGUUCUUAA